AUGUCUCUCAAAUACAACAAAGUCCUCGUCCUAGGCGCGACAUCCGGCAUCGGCUGGGCGCUUGCCGAGAAGAUCGUUCAAGACGGCAAACACGCCAUCAUCGUCGGCCGACGACAAGAAAAGCUCGACGACGACAAAGUCUCGACCUACGCAUUCGACAUCACCAAGCUAGACGAAAUCCCCAAGUUCGUCAAAGAUGUAACAAGCGCGCACCCAGACCUCGACUCCAUCUUCCUCAACUCGGGCAUCCAGCGCGGUUUCGACUUCUCCAAGCCCGAGACCGUGGAUUUGGAUGUGCUAGAAAUGGAGUUCAGGACGAAUUACCUGAGCUACAUGCACCUCACCACAGCAUUCAUCCCCUUCCUGCAGAAACAAGAGAACGAAACGUCGCUCAUCUACACAACCUCCGGCCUCGCCCUCAUGCCCCUCCCCCGCUGUCCAAACUACUGCGCUUCCAAAGCCGCACUGCACCACAUGAUCCUCGUCCUGCGACACCAGCUAGGCAACGGACCGGGCAACAUCAAGGUCAUUGAGAUCUUCCCGCCUGCGGUACAAACGGAGCUGCAUGACGAGAAGCAUCAGCCUGAUAUCAAGGAUGGAGGCAAUAUUGGUAUGCCGCUAGCGGAGUUUACGGAGGAAGCGUGGAAGGGGUUGGUGGAGGGGAAGGAACAGAUUCCUGUGGGUUUUGUGGGGAAGGCUUUUGAUGCGUUUGAGAAUAAGAGGCAGGAGAUGUAUAGGCAGAUUUUCUUGUCGGAGAAGUGA